AUGGGAAUUCUAUGGCUACCAGUAGCAUUUGCACAAACCAUUACGGUGACCCGAUCUUUGCUUGAUUUAUAUCCAGGGGCUGACACUUCCCUCUUGGAUGCCGGAGUUUUAGAAGGAGCAGGAACCGAUUACGAUAUCCCUGAAAGAACCCUGAGACGAUUUCUGCAGAAGGUCACGGAUGAAGAGCUUUAUAGACAGGUUUUCUCCGACGACCAAGAGAAACAAUUAGAGGAAUAUAUAUUAAAGGCUGCCGAUGUAUACUUUGGCUUAUCACCAAAACAGAUAAGAACUUUUGCUUAUGAAUGGGCUGUCUCACUAAAAAUUAAAUUUCCCGAUUCCUGGAAUACAAAUAAAUGCGCCGGACAAGAUUGGUUUACCUAUUUUAUUAAAAGACACGCUGGUCUGUCUAUACGUACGCCGGAAGCCACAAGUUUGGCACGAGCAUCAGGAUUCAAUAAGCACAGUGUAGGAAAUUUUUUUAAAAAUCUGAAAACAGUUCUGCAUAGGCUACAAAUUGGUCCUCAGGAUAUCUACAAUAUGGAUGAAACUGGAAUUACGACCGUUCAAAAACCUGACAGAAUUGUAGCAAGAAGGGGCUUUAAACAAGAUACUAGUCCCCAACCAGGAACAUCUCGGGAUUAUUCUGAAAUUCUUAACGCUGAUAGCUCAAUGCCAAAAACUUCUGAGAUAAACCCACCGCUCGAAGAAAAAACUCCGGAAAAGCAAAUAAUUAAAAAUAUUAACAUAUUAGCCAAAGAAGAUACCGAGUUGAACACCCAAAAAAAAACAGUCAGUCCAUUUGAGCUAAAGCCCCUGCCAAAAGCUCCACCAAGAAAAAAUGAGAAUAAAGGAACUCGAAAAAGGCGUCACACCGAGAUUUUGACAGAUACGCCAAUAAAAGAGGCACUCAGAGAUGAACAAACAAAAAAAGUUCCAAUAAGAAAAGAGCUUAAAAAUAACAAAGAAAACAAAAAACAAAAUAAAAAGAAGAAAAAUGUAAAUAAAAAACAAUUGGCUGAAGAAUCGAGCGAUGAAGAUGAGUGUCUAUGCGCUUACUGCCUUGAUACUUUUACAAACAGUCGUCCGGUCUUUGUGACCUAA